GUAAGUUCCCAAUGAGAUCGGUGGCAAGCAGGUAGCGCUGGUGCUGUUGAAACAGCUGAAAGAAAUCUGCUGAAAUCACUGAAAGCGCAGGACCGCAGUUUAAAUUUAGCCGCAUCUGUGGCCGUCUGAUUGUCUACUCCGAGGAAAAUCUCAGAAAACUCUCGCAUUUUCAACACGUUGAAAUUAUUCGCUCGUACAGUGUGUUUGUAUUUAAUCUGUGCAUCAUUUCAGUAAUUCCGCAGUAAAAGAUCCAGAAGUAUGCCUUCAUUGUCAUCUCCUACACAAUAAUCCUAUUUCAAUUACAUUACUUCCUGGACAGUGUAGAAGUAGAAGAAGAAGUAGAAAUGAUCGAGGACUUGAAAUUCUCGGGCUCCUAAGAACAUCUUUGCUAUAAAGGGAAUCUGCAAUGGACACUGUGUAUCCAGAACCAAUGUCCAGGCUUCAUAGGAGGGUGGUACCUAGGAAAAGAAGAGGCGGUUCGUUUAGGUAUAGAACGCAACCCGUCACAUUUUCAGAGAUACAGGAAGUAGAUGAGGAAAAUGUAACUGAAGAGUCUAAAGAAGUGUCUAGUUCCUGCAAAUCAGAACUUAGUCUGAUGAACGAGAAGUUCGAAGAGUUCAAGCGGAGUAGGGAGAUUGAUCUACUAUUAAACAACAAUAAAUUGGAAGAGGAACCUUCCAAAACGUCUAGUUCUACAUCGAGGACUAUAGGGAAGCUACCUUCGAGGCCGUCGUUUUAAUAUUGUGAGGGAUUAUGAUAGAAGUAUGAAGAGUGAAAGUGCCUACUAGGAGACCUUGCUGCUGAAUGGAGUUUUGCAGAAGUUUUCGCCUUAAGCAGACGCAAUGAUCGAAACUUUCGAAACAAUUGAAGGAAGUUAUAUGAUUGAGUGAAUUAUUGUGAUCAGUAUGAUUUUGAGAUGCAAUUUAUAAAUAUUAUGGUUAUAAAAUUGUUUUAUU